CAGCCCUUCCUCUGCCCGUCGUCGGUUCCUCGUGCGUUGACUCCAGAGCCGUCGAUUUCCUCUCGCUGGGCGACCAUGGCAACCGCGGCGGCGGCGGCGCCGAGGCACAGCUGCGCGAAGCUCUCGGUGGCGGUCGAGGACCCCAAGGCGCCGGGCGGCGGCGUAUUCGUGAAGGCCACGUGGCUCCCCACCCGCUUCUCCCUCGCCGUCACCGACGGCGCCGGCGCCUGGGUCGCCGACGCCUCCGACGCCGAGGUGCGCCUCCGGGCCGAGCAGUGGGACCAGCCCGUCUCCGAGUACCUCGCGCUCGCCGAGCGCUACCUCGCCUUCCACCAGCCCUCCUCCACCUACUCCUUCCACGAGGCUGGCGCCGGCCGCAGGUUGUCAUGGACAUUCGAAAAACAAGGUACCAAGCUGGAAUGGCGUUGGAAACUGCAGCCGGCACCACACCCACAACAGACUAUAGCUGAGGUCUUGGAUUUUCUUAUGGAUGCGAAUAUACGCUUGAGUGAAGAGGUUGUCAGGAAGACGCAAUCAUUUGAGAAGCUGAAACAAGAAGCUGAGAAUUGCUUGCAACAGAGUGAAAGAUUUAACACCGAGAAGGCUGAGUUUGAGCAAGCCUCCUUUACAAAGUUUGUGGCCGUUCUGAACUCGAAGAAGAGCAAGCUGAGACAGCUCAAGGACAGAAUCGCGGCGCUCGAAUCUGCCGACAAGGCUCCAAAGGAGGAGGAGGAGGAGGAGGGCCACUCCACCGACAGAACAGAGCCUAUCGAGGAAGGGAGCGACAAAGAUCACUGCGUCAACGACGAGCCCUCGGAGACGGGCGGCGGCGGCGACCCCCACAGCUCCCCCGAGAAGUCCGCCGCCGCGGCCGCCACCUCCAGGGGCCGGAGGGGGCGCAAGAGGACGAGGAAGUGAGUGACCCGGACGAAGCAAAGCUGCUCUAGCCGCCGGACGCACCUGAGUGACCCUCGUUUCAUUUGAUUUCAUUUCCUCGAGUGUCCUAGUCAUGAAUGUAGUGGCACCUUGGGCAAAUGAUUUUCACGUGUUUUGUGCUUUGCUUAGAGGAUGAUGUGACCGAGUUUAAUUAUUUGUGAUGAUGAUGAUCCGAUUGA